UUAAGUCAACAUGGGAGCAUAUAGGUAUAUGCAGGAGUUAUGGCGCAAGAAGCAGUCCGAUGUGAUGCGCUUCCUGCUGCGUGUUCGUUGCUGGCAGUACCGCCAGUUGUCCAACCUGCACCGUGCGCCCCGACCCACCAGACCUGACAAGGCCCGCAGACUCGGGUACAAGGCCAAGCAGGGUUACGUGGUGUAUCGCGUCCGUGUGCGUCGUGGUGGUCGUAAGAAGCCCGUUCCUAAGGGAGCAACAUACGGUAAACCCGUUCAUCACGGAGUCAACCAGAUCAAGUUCGCCCGCAGCCUGCAGUCCACCGCUGAGGAGCGUGCUGGGCGUCACUGCGGAGGUCUGCGAGUCCUCAGCUCUUAUUGGGUGGGAGAGGAUUCCACCUUCAAGUUCUUCGAGGUUGUUCUGGUGGACAUCUUCCACAAGGCCAUCAGACGCAACCCCGACACCCAAUGGAUCACGAAGGCCGUGCACAAGCACCGCGAGAUGCGUGGCCUGACCUCUGCAGGGAAGAAGAGCCGCGGCCUGGGUAAGGGCCACAAGUUCCACCUGACCAUCGGAGGCUCCCGCCGCGCCGCCUGGAAGAGACGCAACACCCUGCAGCUGCACCGCUACCGAUAGAGGGGCACUGCUCAGCCACAGAAAUAAAUAAACCCUUUUUAUGGUCAAAAGAA